GACACAACUCCUCCGAACGUUUUUCCCUUCCACGCCAUCCACCAUCCUCAUGCCGUCCCCACCAUAUUGUCUAUAACUAAAUUAUUCCACAACCAUGCCGGUGGAACUCAUAUUCCCCCUUUCGAACGAGGACCCGCCCUCGCGCCCGUCCCGCUCGACACCACCCCCCCACGACCCCUACCACCCCAUCUUCUCCCCCGGCGCGCUCCCCCUCCCCAAAGUCCAUCGCGGUUGGGAACGCGCCCCGGAAUCCCCGUUCGUCAAGCGUGGUCCGUCACAUAAGAUCUGGAAGCGAUACGAUGGCGCGCAGCUGGUCGGGGGCAUGGCGACUGAGAACGCGGACGGGGAGGUUCGGCGGGUUGAGGGGGCGGCUAGGGCGGUGAAGAGGCAGAAGAUUGGGGGCGCGGAGGGGAGGUCGACGCAGGUAGAGGAGGAGGAGGAGUGGGGGACGCCGCGGAGGAAACGUGCCGCUCCGCAAAUUUCAGCUGUGCAAGACUUUCCUGGACCGAACAGUCCCACCGGUGCUGUCAGCGUGUCCGUGGGUGAGAUUGCAUCAACGCCAACCAGAAUUCAACGUGAUGGAACGCUUGAACCUACCGUUGUUGAAGGAGACGCCAACUCCUGCGAAAACAUCAUUAACACUACGGCAACUGAUCACAUGGAAGGGCCCAAUCCUGUAUCCACUGGCGGCGAAGAGUCAUGUGGCCAGAGCGGGAACCCAUCAGUUGAAGCGGGGGAAACACAGUCACCCAGCGACUCUGAAUAUGCCACAGCAGGUGCUGAGCACGAUCCCCUGGUGAAUGAAAGGGUAGCCAAUGAUGCAGAAACAGAGACAUCUACAACAGAUAACGAAGGAUCUGAGCAUGAAGCCACUGAGACCAUGCGUCUAGAAAACGACCAAGUGCUGCAUUUCAUGGUUCCGCCAGCCGUAGACAACAGCACUGAACUCUGUGUCCUCGGCGCACCUGACACAACUACGGACGAGAAUGAGGCCGCAUCGCUAGAUGAAGACACGAUGUCUCCCACGCAGGAGGUGACUCUCACGGGACCGCAGUUUCCCAAUAUCCAUCUCGACUACGAUACCGAGAUCCUGAAAGAUUUCCUGUCGCGCGCUGCGGCUAGCAAGGCAUCAAAAUCAACCAAUGCGACGAGGAGGGAAUCAAUCGAGAAUCGUCGGGAUUCCGAUAAGGUCCGUGAGGCUCUGUCGUCGCCCACGAAAGCGCUGCAGGAGAAAGAAUUGGCGUCACCGACGAUGAAUUUAGAGCUUCCAUCAAUGCCUAUGGUUCCUAAUAUUCCUAAAGAGAAUUCCACCAUCGAGCUAUCACUUAGCACGGAUGGAGCUAAUGAUGCGGUGAGCAACAAGCCAUGGACAGGCGAAGAAGACACAAUCACCAGCUCGUGGAAUCCACGACGCUCGCUUCGAGCACGGCCUCCGGUUGAUCCUCAAACCCAAACCAAGAAGAUUAAGAUUUCCUUGAACGACACCCACGAGACGAUUAAGCUCCGAACCGAAACGCGAGAACUGGCGAACAUGACGAGACGAAAUACAGGCCGGAACAAGUUCGGGGCGCAGAAUGUCCGGUACCGGCUCAAGUCCCUGGCAACUGACUCUGAAAAUUUGUUCGAAGAGCUUCCCGGAGAAUCAGUCAAUGCGUCCGAGAAGCGGAAGCAAUUGCAAUGGCAUGAAAGCGUUGAUGAGAUGGAGGUGAUCCGGGAGGCUGCAGCUAAGGCUAUUGACGCCGUCCCGAGCACUACGGAAGAGGCUCAGGUCGAUGAUUUGGUGGUACCCAGCCCCGCCAGAAGAUCGUUGAGAGCCCGUAGCGCUUCGCAACGACAACGAACACCGCGUACCAAACGGACGAAAGGGCUGGGUUCCACGAACGGCACGCCUGGCAAAGUGCCUAAGAAUUCGAUGCUCGACACCGCACAGGAAGAGGCGUCGACCGCCGCGGAAGAGCAAAGUGGCAAGCAGCCAACGACAACCACCACUUCAAAGUCCAAUAUCUCGUCUCUCCCUAAACCCGCACCCCUUCCCGCCGUCUCCCUCUCCGUCGUCUCAGAAAGCACCCCGACAACCCGCUCACUCAAACCUCCCACCACCAACGCCCUCACCACCAAGCCCGAGGGCGCCCUCAACGCCGACAACGGCAGCGACGCUGCGUCCGAACCCGCCGUCAAAGAGCCGACCCCACGACCCGUAGAGCGAAAGAGCCGGCUCGUGCCGCCGCGGAAAGUCAAGCUCGACGCGAUCGCGCCGCUGGUGGAGGGGAAGGAGAAUCGGUUGGGGGUGGCGAAGAAGUUGGGUGGGGGGGCGGGGGAGGCGAGGAAGCGGAGGGUUAGAGGGUAG